GGCGCGUCUACACGAUGCCAAUCUUUGCUCGCCAAUCUUACACAUACAGUCAUAGGAGCCUGUAACAAAAAGAUUGGUAGGUGUUUUCGCGUUUUCACGAUACCAAUCUUUUUAACAGGUUUGAUUUAUUCGGUGCAAGGUGCUUUUGUGUGUUGACGGAGUGCUGUUAAGUGCAAUAAAAAGCAGUGUAGUGUUUUCACCAGAAUUUAAACAUGUAUCAUAGAAAUAUGAUGUUAGCUAGAAGUUUACUAGUGGUAUCAAAUGGUAUAAGGUUAUUUGCGGCAGCGCGUCGACAACGGGGUUCUCGUGAUUUUUGGAUGCAAACAUUGUUUGAACAUCGCAGAAAUACUACCGGUGACCUUUUGGAAGAUAUGAGAAAUGAAGGAGUUCGAGAUACUCUAAAGAAUUUCGUGCGGCUCAACAGAGAUGAUUUCGAUCAUCUGCUGCACCUUGUGAGGAAUCGUAUCGCAAAGAAGGAUACAACCAUGCGUAAAGCGAUUUCUCCUCUGGAGAGACUAUGUAUAACAAUGCGAUUCCUUGCAACGGGCGAUUCAUACGAAUCGUUAUCCGUCCUAUUCCGAGUCUCAAAAUCUAGUAUUUCAAAAAUUAUUCCGGAAGUAUGUGAUGCCAUCAAAGAUGCUCUUCAUGAUUAUGUAAAGCUGCCAUCUACGAAUACCGAGUGGAAGGAGGUAGCUACAGAAUUUGAGAGGAAGUGGAAUUUUCCUCACGUCAUCGGAGCUAUUGACGGAAAGCAUGUCAGCAUAAUUGCUCCUAAGAAUAGCGGAGCAGAAUAUUAUAAUUAUAAAAAUUUUUACAGUAUAGUUUUAUUAGGUAUUGUAGACGCCAAUUAUAAUUUUAUGUAUGCUGAUGUCGGAUGUCAGGGAAGAAUUUCAGAUGGUGGUGUAUUAGCUAACAGCUCCAUUUUUGGCGAACUAGAGAACAAUAAUAUGAAUAUUCCAGAACCCGAAGUAUUAUCAAGGCAACAUACAAACAAUACACGGGUACCCUACGUGUUUUUAGGCGAUAAGGCCUUUGCUCUCAAGCAUUAUAUGCUAACCCCUUUCGGGGGUGUUCCUGUCAGAAAUUCACCACAAAGAAUUUAUAACUACCGCCUUAGUAGAGCUAGAAGAACUGUGGAAAAUGCUUUUGGUAUUUUAAGCAAUGUUUACAGAGUACUUCGUAAACCUAUGUUACUCGAACCAACAGUCGCAGAAAAGGUGGUGUUGGCAACGGUCUACCUGCAUAAUUUUUCCCGUAAAAGGAAUUCAAGCCAAUUAUACACACCAGUGGGAUCCAUCGAUCAAGAAAUUCAGGGAGACACCGUCAAUGGUUCCUGGCGCAUAGACCCACCCACCUCGUCGAUGUUACCUCUGGCUGGAAUACCACGGCGAUCAGCAGCACAAAUACAGCAAGUGCGCUUGUAUCUUGCGCAUGAAUUUAUCACAAACUACGCAAUAGCAAAUCAGUACCGAAACCAAUAAAACAAUACUUGUCUAUAAAAAAAGUUGUCUAGAAAACAUUAUUUUGUACACAUUUUGUACAUGUACAGUGGAAGCAUUAGCAGUUAAUAGUUAACUAAGCAGAUUCCGGACCAAUAACACUUACUAUACUACUAGAUUAUCCGGACCAAGACUAAUAUUAUGUUUCACUGAACACAAAUAUAUUAUUGAUAACUUACU